UGGCGCUCGGCCAUCCAGAAACAAACCACUUCGAUGACUCCUAAUAGUUAUCGCCAGAUGUACUAAUACACAACAAAUCACGGGCCGAGAGAGGGGGAGAGCAAAUGAGUUCCUAUUUCGUGAAUCCCACUUUCCCGGGGAGCCUGCCCGGCGGCCAGGACUCCUUCCUUGGCCAGAUCCCCCUGUACCCGGCGGGCUAUGAUGCUCUCAGGCAUUUUCCGGCUUCGUACGGGGCAAGCCGCCUGCAGGACAAGACUUACACCUCACCCUGUUUCUACCAACAGUCCAAUACCGUCAUUGCUUGCAAUCGGGCUUCCUAUGAGUACGGAGCCUCUUGUUUUUAUUCGGACAAGGACAUUAGUAGCGCCUCUCCCUCCGGCAGUGGCAAACAGAGAGGGCCUGGGGACUACCUGCACUUUUCUCCCGAUCAACAGUACAAAUCCAGCGGCGGCCAAGCCAAAAUUAUAAAUGACGAAGGUACCGACCGGAAGUACACGAGCCCUGUUUACCCCUGGAUGCAGCGGAUGAACUCUUGUGCUGGUACAGUAUAUGGAACACAUGGGAGACGAGGGAGGCAAACUUACACCAGAUACCAAACGCUAGAGUUAGAGAAGGAAUUUCAUUUUAACAGAUACUUAACCCGAAGACGACGUAUUGAGAUUGCAAACGCUCUCUGCCUUACUGAACGCCAGAUUAAAAUAUGGUUUCAAAACAGGCGGAUGAAAUGGAAAAAGGAAAACAAAUUCAUAAAUUCCACACAGCCAAGCAGCGAAGAAACAGAGGAAAAGUCAGGGGAGUAGAACCACGUUUAAUAAAUGCUACCAGGCCUUUCCUUAGCGCUUACUACUAUUAUUAUUAUUUACCUUGUGUUCCUUCUGCUACUGAAAUCCUAUAGUUUUGUCACAGUCUAUUAAUCCCCAAAAGGCUUGUUUAAGAGAUGUACAUUUGCAAUCAUCUGCGACUUACUUUAAUAUAUGUGGAAGUCUUAGCUUUUGAGCUACAGGCAUGUAUGUAUAUAAUCACCUUUCCAAAGCAUAUAUGGCGUUGCCUAAAGUAUUAGAGAAUUGGCCCAGAAUUUUAAAUAUUUGAGGUGAGCAUCUAUGUGUGGGUGACUGUCCCUGGUGUGCUUGUGUGAAGAAAGAUAAGGGAUUUUUUUAUUAUUAUUAUUAGAAAUGUUCUUACUGUAGAAAGACAGGAGAUUUUAGAAAAUAUCGGGUUUAUGGUUUUGCUAGCUCCCGCUAAGUUGGGCUAUCUCGUUAUGCUGUGUUUGGGAGUUUAUGAUCUGCAGGGGGAAAAAAAGUUCUAAUUAUGUAUAAGAUAUUUAAAUAGCAAAAGGAAGAAAUGUCCUUUAAAAAAAUCGUUGUACAAAUCCCUGUAUAUAAAUCUGAAGUUAAAGUGAAGAUGAAUUGCAGAGAGAUUUUUUAAAAUGCCCCUAAACUGCUUAAUCUGCACUACCAGUAUUAAAGCAAAAACUCAGCGGUAAACUUCAGGGGAAGCGAGGGAAGAGGUUUUAAAGAGGGAAAAUUUCUGUGGUUCCCGUUGAGCUUACAUUGAGGUUUCAGUGAGCUCAGCUCUACACUGAAGGGGCUUUGAAUUAUGGACUACAUUUCUUGGGGCUUCGUGGGCUUAGAUCCAGCUGGUUUUCCU